GAGGAAGUCGCGUCACAACCGGAAGUAGAUAUUAUGCUAAGAUGGCGGCGCUGAUGGUUUCACGCCUUCCCGCCCUUGGCUCUUUUAAUAUAAGGGCCAUUUCAUCAUUUGCUGCUCAUAAAAAAGUUCCAUUGACAGACAGAAAGGAUGAAAGCUCAACAAGUCUGGUCCCGUUCAGAGAGAAAAGCACAGCGUUAGCACCGAAACCAGCCUCAUCGCUCAGCAGCAAAGGGGAAUACAUCAUCACCAAGUUGGAUGAUCUGGUCAACUGGGCACGCAGAAGCUCCUUGUGGCCCAUGACUUUUGGCCUGGCUUGUUGUGCUGUGGAGAUGAUGCACAUGGCUGCCCCUCGCUAUGACAUGGAUCGAUUUGGUGUUGUGUUCAGAGCCAGCCCUAGACAGGCUGAUGUCAUGAUCGUCGCAGGAACGUUAACCAAUAAAAUGGCCCCUGCCUUACGAAAGGUGUAUGAUCAGAUGCCAGAGCCCAGAUACGUCAUCUCCAUGGGAAGUUGUGCUAAUGGUGGUGGCUACUAUCAUUACUCUUAUUCUGUGGUGCGGGGUUGUGAUCGUAUUGUUCCAGUUGACAUCUACGUCCCAGGCUGCGCUCCCACCGCCGAGGCUUUGCUUUAUGGGACACUGCAGUUACAGAGGAAGAUUAAACGAGAACGGAAAAUGAGAAUUUGGUAUCGCAAAUGAGAAGAGAUUGUGGAUGUGUAACUGUUCUGUAAAAAAUGUUUAUUUAAUAUUGGUCAUUUGUUGUGAUCGGAAAAACUAUUUCUCAGGAGCUUCUCUGAACUCAGCCCAAGCUCCUCCUCUUUGUAGCAACAAUAAAAGACUUUCUGCUUUAA